AUCUCUCGCAAAGUUCAAACGCGCAUGUGCGGUAAACGCUGGAUCCUGGAACGACCUUCUCAUAUAAAAAGGCAGGGUUACGAGUCAGAGUGUGUAACAGAAUAGGAAACCAAUGAUUCCCAUAUGUCCAGUAGUCUCCUUCACCUAUGUGCCCAGCCGGCUAGGUGAAGAUGUCAAAAUGGCCACCGGCAACUACUUUGGAUUUACCCAUGGUGCUGCUGCGGCCCAGUACAGUCAGCAGCCGGCCCCUGGGGUAGCAUACACCCACCCCACUACAGUGGCCAGCUAUACUGUGCAUCAAGCACCUGUGGCGGCACACACAGUGGCAGCAGCCUACGCCCCUACAGCUGCCCCGGUUGCUGUUGCUAGGCCUGCACCGGUUGCAGUAGCAGCAGCAGCGGCUAAUGCCGGCGCUUAUGUAGGAUACCAGCCAGCCCACGCUGCCGCGGAUUAUGGGUAUGCACAGAGACAGCCGGAGGUACCCCCACCACCGCCUCCUGUUACCUCGCAAAACUACCAGGACUCCUAUUCAUAUGUGCGGUCCACAGCUCCGGCUGUAGCCUACGACAGUAAACAAUACUACCAGCAACCUGCAGCUUCACCAGCUGUAGCCGCUGCAGCAGCCCAGCCACAACCCACUGUGGCUGAAUCCUACUAUCAGACAGCCCCUAAAACUGGAUACAGCCAAGGCGCCACUCCGUACACCCAGACCCAGCAAACACGUCAGGUUACAGCCAUAAAGCCAGCCACCCCUAGACCUGCCACCUCAACCUUCUCCAUUUACCCAGUGUCCUCUGCUGUACAGCCGGUCGCAGCUGCAGCCGCCUCUGUAGUCCCGUCAUACUCUCAGAGUCCCACCUACAGCACCAAUGCAGUCACAUACUCUGGAACGUCAUACUCUGGCUAUGAAGCUGCAGUGUAUUCAGCUGCCUCUUCCUACUAUCAGCAGCAGCAGCAACAGCAGCAGAAACAGGCGGCCGUCGCCGCAGCAGCCACUGCCGCGUGGACAGGCAGCACUUUUACAAAGAAAGCUCCUUUGCAGAACAAAACACUCAAACCUAAACAGCCCCCUAAACCACCACAGAUACACUACUGUGAUGUCUGCAAGAUCAGCUGUGCUGGACCCCAGACCUAUAAGGAGCAUCUGGAGGGUCAGAAGCACAAAAAGAAGGAAGCUGCAUUGAAGCUGUCACAGAGCAGCAGUAGCAGCAGCGGAGGCGGGAGCUCUGCCCGCGGCACACAGAAUCAGCUACGCUGUGAACUCUGUGACGUCUCCUGUACUGGAGCUGAUGCCUAUGCCGCGCACAUCAGAGGAGCCAAACACCAGAAGGUUGUGAAAUUGCAUACCAAACUAGGAAAGCCAAUACCAUCCACAGAGCCCAGUGUUGUUUCCCAAUCCUCAACCACCAGUACAGCUGCUCCUAAUAAAACUGCCAGCUCCAACAUCAGCAGCUCCACAAGCACAUCAUCCAGUCUCUCUGUUUCUGCCUCUUACUUAAAAUCUGGCAGUAUGGUCAACAACAUGGCAGCUUCAGCUGCACAGGGCAAGAGCCCAGUGCCCAACAGCACCUCUGUCAAGAAGGUCAACACACCCAAGAUCAACUUUGUUGGUGGAAACAAGUUACAGACCACUGCAGUUAAAAAUGAAGAAUCCAAGAUGGAGGCAGCUAAAACGGCACAGUCCGCCUUGUCUGCACAGCCACUGGACCUAAAGAAUGAAAUGCCUGACCCCCUGUCACCUCAAUCAGCACUUGCAGCCCUGCAGAGUGAUGUUCAGCCCGUCGGACAUGACUAUGUCGAAGAGGUAAGGAAUGAUGAAGGAAAGGUUAUCCGGUUCCACUGCAAACUGUGUGAAUGCAGUUUCAAUGACCCGAAUGCCAAAGAAAUGCAUUUGAAAGGAAGGAGACAUCGACUACAGUAUAAGAAAAAGGUGAACCCAGAUCUCCAGGUGGAAGUGAAACCUAGCAUCCGAGCCAGGAAAAUCCAAGAGGAAAAGAUGAGGAAGCAGAUGCAAAAGGAAGAGUACUGGAGAAGACGUGAAGAGGAGGAGCGCUGGAGGAUGGAGAUGAGGUGUGAUGCUUUUUUUUUUUUUUUUGCUCCAAUGCAUAUAUAUGUAUCUACACAUGAGCAUUUUGAAGUCUUAAAUAUUGUAAUUGUUCUCAGGCGCUAUGAAGAGGACAUGUAUUGGCGACGUAUGGAGGAAGAGCAGCACCACUGGGACGAAAGGCGCAGAAUGCCUGAUGGAGGUUAUCCACAGGGUCCACCUGGGCCUCCUGGUCUUCUUGGAGUGAGGCCUGGGAUGCCCAUUCCUCAACCACAAGGACCAGUGCUUCCACGUCGCCCUGAUUCCUCAGAUGAUCGCUAUGUGAUGACCAAACAUGCAGCUAUUUACCCAUCCGAGGAUGAGCUCCAGGCCAUCCAGAAGAUCGUAUCAAUCACUGAACGAGCUCUUAAGCUAGUCUCUGACAUCAUCACAGACCAGGAUGCGAGUGCAAAGGGCAAAGAAGAGGACAAAGAAAAGAAAGAGCCUCCAAAAGAUAGAGUGCUGAAGGGAGUGAUGCGGGUAGGCGUUCUAGCCAAAGGUCUGCUUCUAAGUGGAGACAAAAAUGUCAAUCUGGUCCUCCUUUGUUCUGAGAAGCCGACCAAGAAUCUUCUAACACGCAUUGUGGAACAUCUUCCCAAACAGCUCACGAUGGUUACUCCGGAGAAAUAUGAGGUAAAAGGUUCCGUCCAAGAGGCUGCCAUUAUCCUUACCUCCUCUGCUGAGCCCAAGAUGCAGGUGACCAUCACCCUCACCUCGCCUGUGAUCCGAGAGGAAAACACCCAGGAUGGAGAUGUAACCUCGAGUAUGGUGAAAGACCCAGCGGACGUCUUGGACAGGCAAAAAUGCCUUGACGCUCUGGCUGCCCUACGCCACGCUAAGUGGUUCCAGGCUAGGGCUAAUGGACUCCAGUCAUGUGUGAUUGUCAUUCGAAUACUGCGUGACCUUUGUCAGCGAGUACCCACCUGGUCUGCCUUUCCUAGCUGGGCUAUGGAGCUGCUGGUGGAGAAGGCUAUCAGCAGUGCCUCUGGACCAAUGAGCCCUGGAGAUGCUCUUCGAAGAGUCUUUGAAUGCAUUUCCUCAGGCAUUCUGCUGUCUGGUGCUCCAGGAUUGAUAGACCCCUGUGAGAAGAAUCCAACAGAUACACUGGCUGCCAUGGAAGAGCAGCAGAGAGAGGACAUUACGUCAAGCGCUCAGUUUGCCUUGAGGCUGCUGGCGUUCCGUCAGAUUCACAAGGUUCUGGGUAUGGACCCCUUGCCCCAGAUGAACUCACGUUUCAACGUACAGAAAAAUCGCAAGAGGCGACGUGACAACAGCGACGGGACCGAUGGAUUUGAAGCUGAAGGGAAGAAAGACAAGAAGGACUACGAGGGGUUCUGAAGUGCACUACAGUACAACUGGCCCUGCUCUCCCUGCGCCUAUUAUAAAUCCUGUUCAUUCCAGGACUACCAAAUGUUGUUUCUGUUGACCUCUGUGCAUGCUGGUAACUACUCCUUAAGUUCUGUUUUUAAGAUCUGCUAAAGGCCUAAUGAUGGCCACUUGGGAAAAUGCUAGGCUUUAUUUUCUUGACGCAUAGACCCAUCUCUGUUUAGUCUGGUGUCUUGGUUUAAAGAUUUGAAAUGCGCACAAUCCUGAGAAAUUAAGCCUAAUGUUCAUGCUCCAUUCAGCACAUUGGAUGUAAUCUUCAGAUCUCUUACGAGUUUCAGGUUAGGCGUUUGUAGAAGUCUGAGCUGCGUACUUGUCAGUGUGGAAAAGAAUCUUUCUUCAAGUAUAUCUUGUAUUUCUAGUCACACACGUAAAGUAACUUUGACAAUGGCUUCCUUGGCUUUGCAAUAAAUUGUUUAGGUGUUUUUGUAACUUCUGUUAAGAGACAUUCCUCUUAAAACCACAAGAUCCAAGAUAAAAUGAUUGAUUUAUGCGACGCAUUAGUCCUGUUGUGAUGAAUGUGACAUUGACUGGAUGUGGAUUUAUACAAGCAUGCAUUUUUUCAUUGCUAUUGCAUUCUGAAGGCUGGGAUGGCUUUUAACCAUUUGUAAAUUUACAUCAAUGAAACGUCUUUAGGACCAUGUUCCUUUUAUAUGCUUAAUGCAAGUGACGUAAGGCUGCACUUGUCCCAAAGUUAGGCUGUAAGUGUGCUCUGAUAUUCACAAGCCUCUGUGGUUUAGCUGCAUCACGUUUCUGAAGACACUGACCAUUGAAAUCAGCACUGGGCUGUAUACCAUAAGUAUCGGUUGUCUCCGUAAGUUUAAUAAGGAAUCUUGAGUUAGCAGUCCAUUUCAGAUCCGUUGUUCACACAAGUAUGUAUUCAGAGCAGUAAACAUUUGUAUUUUAAGGUCAAAGACAUUUUUUUUUCCUUUAGAAAUUGUAACUGACCCAGGUCUGCCUGUGUUUUGUGUUCAUAAUAUUUUAAAGCCUAAAUGUAUCUUUAAAUGUGAUCAUAUAACUGUAUGAUCUCUAAUAUAUGAUCAUUUACUAAGCCUGUAUCUAAUCUUGCAAUAGAUCUUCAGAAACAAAUGCCUGAAUGGUUUUAAAGCACAGGAAUGUUUAUGUUAUUUUGUUUUUAAUGGAUUUUGUCUUACUGGUUUAUAGAUGCAUAGUUGCUUGCCCUAAUUUUGGUUUCUGAUUUGAGUUUGUGAAUAUCUAUUGAAGAAGAUGGGAGGGACACAAGUGAAAUAUCGGUGUUGUAACUGCAGAUUGGUGUAGAUUUACCCUUUGAUGCUUGUCAUUCAAUGUAAAGGUACUACUGCAUUACAAUGUGUAUAAUAAAGACAUUUCCAGUAUGA